AUUCGAACACAUUUGUGGGCUGCACAACAACAUGGCGGGGUAGCCACUGCAGAAAGAGAACAGAGUGACUCGAUGUUGUUUUAGGUUUGUAUCAGGUCAAUUAAUGAAUUUAUUAGCGAUCGUGCGCUCUGGCUCUCUGCCGAAGUUUGGUAUUUUAGUAGAUGGUUACUCACCCUGAAAGUAGUCUAGUUGGGGUGAAAACUGAAUCAAUGGUUCGUUUUUUUAACGCGAACAUCCGCUAACUUUAGCCACAGCUAGUUAGCUAACAAUCAAAAUAACAUUUAAGUUAAGUCAAACCAAACAAUUGAGUUUGUUUGGCCAUGAUAGCAUUUGAGAUCUAGCCUGACAACACACACUCAAUUAUUCUGCUGCUCUGUCGUUCGCUAGCUAGCUACACCACGCCUCGAUCACACCGACAGUGCUUUUGCGUUUUGGUAUAUCACAAGUACAUUCAUUUCCAAUGGAACGCUGCGUUUGCCUUGCAGCAUUGCGUUGCAUAGGCAAUUGCAGUGCGUUCUGUGUGGUGCAUUCGUUGGAUUUAUCGAACAUAUGCAUCAAAUUGUAUGCCUAGACGGCUUGACAGAAAUGGUAGUAGAAGGUGAAUGUUGGAACUUCUUGCACACAUAUCCAGAUGAUGCUGCGUACCAUUUUGCACAAAACACUGUCGGUGUGAUCGCAUCGCAGCGUCACACUGUCAUUGUGCAAAAUGGUAUGCAGCAUCAUCUGAAUGUGUGUCAACAAAAGUUCAACAUUCACCUUCUGCUACCAUUUCUGUCAAGCCGUUUACGCAAUAAAUACAACAUAUGCACCAACGUAUCAAAACAAAAUAACGCUGUUGGUAUGAUGCUGUGCGUUCAGCUUCAUUGCGUUUUGAUACGCCAGAAGUACAUUCAUUUCCAAUGGAACGUUGCAUUGCAGAGGCAGUUGCUUUAUGGUGCAUACGUUGGAUUGAUCAAAAGUAUGCUUGAAAUUGUAUGCGUAGACGGCUUUACAGAACAGUAGUAGAUUAUGAAUGUUUAACUUUUGUUGCACACAUAUCCAGAUGAUUCUGCGUAUCAUUUUGUGCAAUGACGCUGCAGGUGUUAUCGAGGCGGGGGCGUGGCGUAGCGUUUGGCUGGAGCAAGGAGUCCGGAUAGCCAGGCAAUUUGAGAUCCCCCGAACACUUGCAUUAUGCUUUAUCUAACAUCUUUAGAGAGAUAGUUGUUUGUAUAAUUAUUUUGUGUGUGUGUGCGCUCAGGAUAAGACAAUACCAUGGAGUCCAUUGAUUUGGAGAGGGAGGACCCUCCUAGCUCACUAUCUGGAUAUGCCAAUGGCGAGAUCAUGACCUUGGAGAUCUCAGACGUCUCUCCAGACUUGCUUGUUCUCGAGGUAAAGGACAGCAACCUACCUGAAAGUAUCCAUGGCAGCCAGGACAUGGAGAUGGAUGCUGACUUUCAUGAGGAUGAUGAUGGGCAUGGUAAGAGAAGACAACAAGGGUAUUGGGUUGUGGGUUAGGCUAACUUGCGAUUAACUGGGUUAUUAACUGUUAUAGAAAUACAUGCAAAGUCAAAAGCAUUUAAACGUUGUCCUUGUUCAAUCAAUUUUCAAUCAAUCAAUUUUAUUUUAUAUAGCCCUUCUUACAUCAGCUAAUAUCUCAUUGUUGCCUUUGUCUUUUGUAAAGGUUUUGCAAAUGUGGAACUCCAGUUCUUUCCCUGUGAUGCCUGCGAAGCCUCCUUCACUAGCGAACCAGAGCUGGAGCAGCACUUGAUAAGAUCUCAUUCAAUAUGUGAUGUAGCAAGUGAGAGAGGAAGACCGAAGUCAAUGGAAACAGAAGGUGUCUCCCCACUGCACACCUGCAUGACUUGUGGGAAGGUGUUCAAAUAUCUAACUUCAUUCCGAAAACAUGAGGAAACUCAUAUCAAAGCCCUGUACACCUGCAAGACUUGUGGGAAGGAGUUUAAAUACCUAACUUCAUUUACAAAGCACCUGGACACUCACGUUGUACCAAGACCGAAAGCAAGAAGAAAUGGAAAGUCAAUCAAAGCAGCAGGCCUAAGUGUCAAUAAGAAAAUGAAAGGCCUUCACACCUGCAAGCACUGUGGUAAGGAGUUCAAAUACGUAACUUCUUUCAUGAAGCACGAGAAGACUCACAGGAUCACGAUAACCAAAAAAAGCAGAAAAAAACAGAGGAAACGUUCAACUUCCAAGAUUAUUAUACGUCUUGAAGGCAAUAGGAAAGAUGCAACAGAAACUCAUGUAAGGGCCAACAAGAAAAACAGGAAGAACAGCGAAGAUACUAAGGAUCAGAAUGAUCAGGAUGCAUGUAUUUUAAUAUCUUCUGCAGAGCAGCAAACACCUGACACUAAACGUUCUCCUCCAUUUCCUUGUCUGGACUGUGGGAAGGUUUUUAAGUUUUUCAAAUCUUACCAAAAACACCAGAAAAGACAUGCUUGGGCACAGGGCAAAAGUGAAGGAGUGCCUCCUAAACAGAAGCACGGACCAGAAGUCAAAGAAAAGAUUAGAUGUCCGGUUUGUGGUAGAGCAUUCAACAAGCAAACAACUCGCACCAAGCACCAGAACAUUUAUCAUCCGAAAAAUAACUCUCAUAAAAACACAAACGCUUUAACGUGCUGUGAAUGUGACCGCCAUUUUGAAAAGGCAGAUAAUUUCCAAAAGCAUAAGUGCUUCCACCUGCGUAAGCAUGUAAAGACUUUCAUAGAGGCAGGUAGGGUGAGCCAAGAGGGGGAUGUUUUCUAUUGUCAACUCUGUGUCCUACAGCUCACCAGUGGACUGGAGUUUGAGAAUCAUGCCAGGGACAUACACCCGGACCAAUACCGCAAAAUCCUAAAAGCGGUUGGCAAUAUCAUUAAAGACACCUUGAAAGGCUUGCAGACACGAAGGGUUGACAAUCAGUCAACAAGUCAGGAGGAACCUGAAAUAGACUUAAACAGUGUAGGAGAGACGGAGGAAGAUGGAUUGAGACAAUUCAUUUGCAAGGAUUGUGGGGAAUAUUUUAUAUAUCGUGUUUCAUUUACUUUUUGUGCGAAAUGUUUAAAGGAUCGCAAAGACCGUAGGAAAGCCUCCAAGCUGUACCACUGCGAGGAAUGUGGCCAACACUUUGGCCGAAAGGAUCACCUGAAGCGCCACAGCUAUUCUCAUUCUGGAAGUUCCUUUGUCUGUUCUGAUUGUGGCGUUAAAUUCAGGGAUCCAGGAGAGUUGCGUACACAUGAAAAGACUCAUCAGGUGAGAAACCAGGCUUGCCAGCUGUGUGAGAAGCGGUUUGAACAGGAAGAGGAACUGAUGUUGCAUCAUGAAGUUGCUCAUCCAGGACCAGGCGGUUAUACAUGCCACCAGUGCGGCAAGUCCUUUAGUACAGUGAAAAAUCUGGGAAAACACAGAAUGAUCCAUUCGGAUAAAACUCCCCAUGUUUGUUCAAAUUGCGGUAUGAAGUUCAAGAGGCGAGAGCACCUGAGACGGCACGAGAGCCUGCACACCAACGAGAAACCUCACCUUUGUCAUUGUUGUGGGGAUACAUUCGGGCGGAAGGAGGACCUGAACACCCACCUCGGUAAAAUGCACAUCGUAUCAAGACAUUUUCUUUGUAAAGCUUGUGGGACAACGUUCAAGGACCGUAACUCUCUCAGGAGACAUAGGUAUCACACUCACACUAAGGCUGGCAAGGUGUUCCAAUGUGAGGAAUGUGGUCUAAGUUUCGGCCGGGCGGAUCAUCUGAAGCGCCACCAGCACACACAUUCUACUGAAAGGCCCUUCUCAUGCUCAAUGUGUUACAAAGUAUUCCACCGGGCAGACAACCUCAAGAAGCAUGAGCGAAAUCACAGAUACAAGUGGUUGGAAUAUCUGAACACUCACCGCCACAAAACGCCCAAGCAGGAGAGCAGAGGUUCUGAGCGCUCCAAGUGGAAACUCCGCCGGUCUGAAGCAUCUGCCCUACUAAAGCUUAUCCAGAGCCAUUCCAAGCAGCAACAUCAUACCUGCUACGUUUGUAAAAAGACUUUCAGAGGACUUUACUAUCUAAAGAGGCACCGUCUACUAAACUGGUGUGGACAAAGGAAUAAAAUGAUGGAUUCAUUCCGGUAUGGAACUGUUAAAUAACCCACUUUUGGGUUGAUAACCUGACAGAUUUAGAAGUGAAACAUAAUUUCAUUUUGUAGAACUUGUUGGUGUGUAUUUGUAUAUAGUGAGCUGUAGAGCUGGGACGAUAAACUGAAAAUGAUCGACAUUGACCAUACCGAUCGCUUAUCGCAGGCAUUUUGCUGAUAUCGUUCAUUACGAUCAGUAGCCUAUACUAGAGAAAUGUGACGUUUGAAAUUAAAUACGUGUGCUAAUAUGGGUGAUUGUUAAUGGGACAAUUGAUGGCUACAACCAUCAAACUGGUAGUAGUAGUACUAGAUGAUCCUUCAAGAAAAUGUGGUGCACAUUAAUGUUAGAAACUUCUCGUGCGAUUUAUCGUUAUUGUGUCAAUUCAGGCAAUUUAUCGUGAUAUGGAUUUUAGUCCAUAUCGGCCAGCUCUAGUGAGUUAUGGCUUGCUGUAUCUUGUAUUGUCAUGCAUUUUCACAAUGAAAAUUAUAAAAUGAAAAUAUUUAUUUUGUUAUCUUGUUUCCUGUAUCAAAUGCCCACUGAAUAAUUAAAAAAUAAUAUGUAUAGGUCUUAUGAAGGGGGGGGUAUAUCUCCAAAUAUCCUUCAACAUACUGGUAUUGUUAUUGUAGCAGUUAGGAAGCUUGCAUGCAUACUUUGCAGUACUUACUCUUUUGUAUUACUUUGGAAGUGAACAAUGAAACACAUGUCGAUAACACACACAAAAAGAUGGUGUAAUAAAGAGAAAUCACUAUCCUUUUUGUUCCAAAGUGUCCACAUGGUAGAGAUUACAGAGCAUCGUUGUGGCCCAGAUGUGUAUAUUAAGGAAAGAUUAGACUAGGAUGGUAUUGUGUUCAUCCCUCACCAUCCACACAUCUGGCAUGUCACAAUAUCUUUGUUUUUCCCCUCUUAAAAAACUGGUACAAGAAGGGCACUGAAAACGGCCACAAAAAGUAAGAAUUCAUAUUUUCCUAUGAAUAAACACAUUUGAUAUUCUGGGAAUUAAGAUCCUGUGAAAUGCCAUAAGAUUUUAUAUGGCUUUAAUUACAAUAUGUUGCCACAAUGACAUAUGUUUGUUUUUUGUUUGAUUUAAAAAACAGUAAUAGCAGUCUUGCAAGUGUUCAUAUACUGAACAAAAAUAUAAAUGCAACAAUUUCAAAGAUUUUACUGAGUUACUGUUCAUAAAAGGAAAUCAAUCAAUUGAAAUAAAUAAAUUAGGCCCUAAUCUAUGGAUUUCCCAUGGGUGGGUCUGGGAGGGCAUAGGCCCACCCACUUAACAUCUGUGGCAUUGUGUUGUGUGACAAAACUACACAUUUUAAAGUGGCCUUUUAUUGUCCCCAGCACAAGGUGCACCUGUGUAAUGAUCAUGCUGUCUAAUCAGCUUCUUGAUAUGCCACACCUGUCAGCUGGAUGGAUUAUCUUGGCAAAGAAGAAACGCUCACUAACAGGGAUGUAAACACAUUUGUGACAAACAAGCUUUUUGUGCGUAUGGAACAUUUCGGGGAUUUUUUAUUUAGAGCUCAUGAAACAUAGGACCAACACGUUGCGUUUAUAUUUUUGUUCAGUGUAUAAUCUAUUGAUUCAUGGAAUUCACAUCUUGUCCACACAUUCCCUUUAAUAUUCCAAUUGUACACACAAUGGUAUUACACAUGCCAAAACAUUAGGAUGCUGUUGAAUGAGUGAACAGCAGUGCCCUUCCUCCUGGGGGGGGGGGGGGGGGGGGGGGGGUCGGAACUGGAAGAUUGGGGGGGGUCCCUAAAGAAACAGAGGCUCAGUCUGGUUUUAGUUAUAAAACAAGGCUUUCUCUGUACUCUCAGCCCAAUAAUAUUGCUUUUGGAAAAAAUUGGAGGGAGAAAAAAAGCCAAAAGGCACAGAGGGGUAGGUGACUCAGGAGAGCAAGGAACAGCUACCAAGUUGCAAAGGCCCUCACGUGAUAACAUUAGACACAAUGUUGUAGUUGUUUUUAUGAUGACAUGGUAAAAUCCUACAAAAACUCAAUUUAGCUUCUCUAUACUGAUCAUUAAUGGGGGGGGGGAAAUGCUUUUCAAACAUUUGCAACAGCUCACCAUGCAACACGUGGCAAGUGAUUGUGAACUCUGACCCACCGUGUGAUGUAAAUAACGACAGAACAGCAUAAAUCCAAGAUUCAAAUUCAUUGAGAGCCUUUUUAUAUUUCAAGUAAUGUAAUAAAAAUAACUACUAAUUACAAUGACAUCCAAUGCACAUGUAACAAAGUAAAUGAGAAGCUUGUUUGGGACAUAAAUAAGAGCAGUGAAAAUGACACUAGGACCCACACAGAGGCCCCUGGAGGUCUGACUGUGGUCCCCUGAAAAAGCAUGCAGGUCAUGUCUAGAUGGGAUACAGCUUGUGAAAUUGAUGUCAAAAGUAAAUUUUGUGCAUUUCAGAUAACCCUAACCCACCUAAUUAUCCUAACCUGCUGUGUAAGUUCUCUUAAACCUGCUACAAAAAGUAAAAUUGACAUAAGCUGUAUUCCUUCUAAACACAACCACGGACGAGGCCAGAGCCAUUUUCUAAGGAAUUUUGGUUUCAGGGAACAGAAGGAAGAAUAGAGUAGAAACAAAUGACAAAAUGAGCAAAAGCUUUCAGUUUUGCUUUGCAAUCCUCACAGACACUCAAAUAACAUCUACAAAGUAGAUGCUAGAGGCAACAGAAUAAGGAUGAUCACAGACAUGUUAGGCCUCACACUGACAUACUGUCAUCUGUGCAGAUGUGGUGUGUUCACAAACAUGUUGUUGUGGGCUAAAAAUAUUUAUAGAAAAUUCUUAGACGAGUCUUUCUUGCUAAUGUGAUUGAGGUGAUGAAAUGUUGCAAAAGCAGUCCGUGAGUGACACAGAAAGGCAGCUAUGUAGAUUAAAUGAGUUCCUUGCCACAAUGCUAAGCCUCACUGAAGCACAUGAAUAUUUGAAUGAAUAUUCGAGAGUCAGUUCCAAAUAUUCCAGUUAUUUUCCACCACAACAUUACAGGUUGAAAAAAUAAGACCGUAGAAAAAGAGACUGUUACAAAAAGAAAUGUUUUUUUUUUUUUUUUUAAGAUUACGAAGGUAUAGUGAAGGUAUAGCCAUCUAGCCGAAAGAGGUUGGACUAUCCAAGCACAGCGCAGGUCUCUUUGGACAAAAGCUUCACGGUGGCACAGUCUCUUCAUAGAAAAGUAGCAUUGUUGUAGUGUGGUGCGUUAGGUUCUGUUGUUGAGGUUUAACAAUUCCCCUCGGUUCCACAUUAGGCGAAAGAGAGGAACAUUCAAACAAACUCCAGUCUCACUAGUAGCCUUACUAGACUUCUAACUGAUAACACAGUUCACACAGACACACACACUCAAUAUACAGCUGAGGUCAGCAUUCAUACACAUUACAGACAUCUUAGUUGUAGUUCUGGCUGCUAGCUCCAGAUGUCUUCCAGCUCUGGUGAAGGGAGGGCUAGAUCAGUUCAGUAUAGACCUUCAUUUCUACCUCACCACACAGCACUCACAAUAAAAACAUCAAGUCAAAAUAGAAGGCCUAUUGUUUUCCCACUUCAAAUGCUGUCCCUUUAGCUUGCGUGGGUAACUGAAGGGUACUGAGGAGUAUCUUCAGUCCCCUCCUUCAUCCUGUUGACAGAUGGCACCCCCAUAUCCUCUUCUCCAUAUGGAUCAGUCCCACAGACCAGCUAGAGCCCAUCCCUGACCAGGAAUCCCUC